AUGGAUGGCCCCGACCAGAUCGGCCCGGACUAUCGUCCUAGGCGGACCAUGGCCGACCAGUUUCGCCGAUUCGUCAGGACCUUUACCACUCGCGAAGGCUUAAUUGGAGAUUACGAUUAUGCGUUCCUCUUCACGCCCCAGAUUCCCUUCAUAAACAAGACGCGGAGGUCGUCGCCCUUUUUCGGCCUGGAAGAUAAGAUGCCCGUCUUGCUGGCCUUGAUUCUGGGCCUGCAACAUUCCCUCGCGAUGUUGGCCGGAGUCAUCGCCCCUCCUAUUCUACUAGGUGGAUCCGCCGGUGCCCAUUUCGAUUCCGCGGACUACCAAUACCUCGUUUCCACCUCGCUCAUCGUCUCCGGCUUUCUGUCGGCCCUGCAGAUGGCCCGGCUCCACGUCUACAAGACGCGCUACUACGUCGGCACCGGUCUCAUCUCCGUCGUGGGCACCUCGUUCGCCACCAUCACGGUCGCCACGGGCACGUUCAACCAGAUGUACACCAGCGGGUACUGUCCAACGGAUGCCGAUGGGAACCGUCUCGCCUGUCCGCAGGGAUAUGGCGCCCUGUUGGGCACGUCGUGCCUGUGCUCCCUGCUGGAGAUCGGCCUCUCCUUUCUGAGUCCCCGCAUCCUGAAGCGCAUCUUCCCGCCGCUGGUGACCGGUCCCACGGUCCUGCUGAUCGGCGCCAGUCUCAUCGAGAGCGGCAUGAAGGACUGGGCCGGCGGCUCCGGCAGCUGCGGCAUGAACCCGUCCGCCCGCGCCCUGUGCCCUACCCCCGACGCGCCGCAUGCGCUGCCGUGGGGCAGCCCCGAGUUCAUCGGACUGGGCUUUCUCGUCUUCGUGACCAUCAUUCUCUGCGAGCGGUUCGGGUCGCCGAUCAUGAAGUCCUGCGCCGUCGUCGUGGGCCUGCUGGUCGGGUGCAUCGUCGCCGCCGCCUGCGGCUACUUUGACCGCUCGGGUAUCGACGCGGCCCCGGUGGCGUCCUUCAUCUGGGUGCGAACGUUCCCGCUCAAGAUCUACGCGCCGCUCAUCCUGCCCUUACUCGCCGUCUACAUCGUGGUCAUGAUGGAGUCGAUCGGCGAUAUCACCGCCACCUGCGACGUGUCCCAGGUGCAGGUCCAAGGGCCCACAUUCGAUUCCCGCAUUCAAGGAGGUGUCUUGGGCAAUGGUAUUACGUGUCUGCUGGCCGGACUCUGCACCAUCACGCCCAUGUCUGUAUUUGCACAGAACAACGGCGUCAUCGCCCUCACCAAAUGCGCGAACCGCAAAGCCGGCUACUGCUGCUGCUUCUUCCUCGUAAUAAUGGGGAUCUUCGCCAAAUUCGCCGCCGCCCUAGUCGCCAUCCCGAGCUCCGUCCUCGGCGGCAUGACCACCUUCCUCUUCUCCUCCGUCGCCAUCUCCGGCGUGCGCAUCAUCUCCAAGAUCCCAUUCACGCGACGCAACCGGUUCAUCCUGACAGCGUCGUUCGCGCUCGGCAUGGCCGCCACGCUGGUGCCGGAGUGGUUCCAGUUUUUCUUCACGUACAGCGGCGAUAACCACGCGCUGCAGGGUCUGCUGGACGCGGUCGUGCUCGUCAUGACGAAUGGCUUCGCUGUUGCUGCUGUGGGGGGGUUGGUGCUGAAUCUGCUACUGCCGGAGGAUCCGGAGGAAGAGGCGCAAGUUAUGGAUGGGCGGGAGAAUCGGGGUGAGGAUGAGGGUGAGGGUGAGGGGUCCAACCAGAGCAAGAAGAAUGAUAAACCCGAAUCCUCUUCCACGAAUCCUCCUCAAAACAGCCCGGCCCGGUAA